UCUUGUAGUCAUGAGCCAAGCGUCGGAAUCUCUCGCGACUUCAGUGUACCAUUCAGAGCGAGUCAAGUGCCUAGAAAUGUUCUACGGCGAAGGAUUCAUAGGCUCUGAAGUUGAAGCCAAAUGCAAGGGGUCUGUUGAGCAUCUUAAGCUAAAGGCUGGAGACUCGAUUCUAGAUGUUGGUGCAGGAUCCGGAGGUUUCGCUUUCUAUCUUGCAGAGAACGUUGGCGCUGUUGUUACAGCCGUCGACUAUUGUACAAACCUGGUAGAUUUGUGCAACGAACGAUGCAAGGAGAAAGGUCUUUCUGACAAGAUUACGUUUCUAGCAAGGGACAUGAGAACCAUGCAAUUUGAGUCUGAAAGGUUUGACGCAAUUUCUUUUUUGGGCAGUCUUAUUCAUCUAAAACGUGGAGACCAUCUUUCCAUCUUCAAAAACGUUAAAAAUUGGUUGAAGCCUGGUGGUCGAGUGCUAGCUCAUGACUUCGUAACAUGUGAUUGUCCCGCAACAUCAACACAAGAAUUCAAAGAUUAUCAAAAAAGGUUACAUUUUAAUGACGUCACGGUUGCUGACUACGAAGAGAUAUUUGAAACGGCUGGUCUCCGAUUGCUCCAAUAUCAACCAAGAAGAGAAUUCUACAUUCAAGACACUACUAAGAGACAAACCAAAGCGAAAGAAAACUGGAACGAAAUACUUAAGGUUGUGUCUAAGGAGACUCUGGAGCAUUGUUACAAAUUCUUUGCAGAAAAGCGUAAAUGGGCCGAGGAAGGUGCUCUGUUCCCAUGUAUCUUUCUAGCUGAAAGACCUCGUGAUAUGUAGACCGGUUGACCACGUUUCCUGUAAUGGCAUCUAGUGACCACGAUUGUUUCGCUCAUGCUACUUUGCGCUAGCUUAGUGUACGUAUACUCAGUUCAGGUAUUAAAAUUAUG